CUUUAUUGAUCUAUUUUAUAUUAUUUAUGGAUAUCCUAAAAUUAUUAGUAUCUAGAGUAGCUCGUGCUUUUUAUGAUCCAAAAUAUAUUGUUAUACUAGACAUUUUAAAUAAUGCUCCACCGAAUUCAAAUGGGAUUCGUGAAGAUGAUAUGGUACCUAUACUUAAAAUGACUGCUCGUGAAAUCCAUAAACUUUGUGGGAAACUUCGAGAACAUCGACUACUUAGAAUGUAAGUAUAUCAAAAGAUACGAACGAUCUAAUCUAAACUUUCUAUUUUGCUAAUAGGGGUACACGAAUGGAAAAUAGAAAACAAGAUCAACGACCUAUUCCAAAAACAUUUUACUAUUUGGAUUAUAAAGAAUUUGUGGAUGUUGUAAAAUGGAAGAUGUAUAAAAUGCAAAUGGUGGUACGGGACAAUUUACGAACAGAAUCUGAAAAUCAAGGUUUUAUUUGUGAACGAUGUGAUAGUCAAUUUACACCUUUAGAUGUCUUAUCUCUGGUCAAUCCUAUGGAUGGAUUGUUUUAUUGUGAUAUGUGUGAAUCAGUACUCAAGGAAAAUGACAAUGCCGAAAAUGUCAAGGAAAGGCAACAAGUAUUGGCCAAAUUACGUGAACAAUCUCAACCUAUUAUCUCUUUACUCAAGCAAACCGAUGCCAUAGUCAUACCCCAAGGUUAUAUGUUCAAACAUCUCGGUACAGGAUCUAGAAAUGGCACUGAUCCAUAUGAAUUGGCGGUGGCGCAGGAUACGGGUGCUGGUCAAGGGGAUAUUAUUGUUGAUUUACAAAUGGAUAACGAGGCAGCAAGACGUGCAAAACAAUUAGAAGCAGAAGAAAAACGACAACAAAAUGCUCUUCCUAUUUGGCAUCAACGGAGUACAGUGUCAGAUAGCAUUCGUGGUACUGGUCCUGAUGCGCCUUCUAUUGUUCUGGAUCAUGAAGAAGAGGAGCAUUUUGAAGAAGUUGAUGGCACCGAAAUGGAUCCUGAUACUGAAGAUUAUUAUGCCAAGUAUUAUGAAUCACUUAGUCAAGCACAGGAUGAAGAAUUGACUACUGAUCAGUAUGAUGAUCUUGAUGGGGAUGAUGAAGAGUUUGAAACAGUGGGUGUCAACGAAGGUAACAAACGCCUUUAUGAUUUAGAAGAUGACAAUGAUGAUGAUAGCAAACGAAGAAAACCAAAUACAGAUGAAAAUGGAUUAGAGGAAACUGAAGAAUUCAUUGAAGGCGAUGAGGAAAUUCCACUUGUUUCAGUGAAUGGGAAGAUGGUACCAUUGGAUGAAGUCGUAGAAGAAGAUCAACGAAAUAUGACAACUGAAGAAUAUAAGGCAUAUUAUGAAGCAUGGCAAAAUUGGCAAACAAGUUAGAUUAGUUUUUGAUAUUACAUAAUUUAGAAAAUAAAAAACGAUUGUUGAUUUUUACU